GGUUUGAGGUUGCACCUGUGCAAAGAGCGCUUCCCCAUCCGGAUUAAAAUCCUGAUCAUUUUCAUCCGCGCUGGUUGCGGGUUUGCGAGGCGCCCUACAUGCUGGGUGCUUUAUCUUGUUAUUUUAUGGGAUAAGGAAACCCGAGGCCCAUUAAAAGGACAGUGUUUUCUCUUUCAGAGACGGAGAUGAAUUUUAAGGGAGGCUUUCUUGUUUUCAUUGUAUUACCCAAUUAUGUCUGCUCAUUAUCUUCUGUUAAUUCCAAUUUAAAGUAGAUUAAGGAAGAACCCCUUUCCAUCUGUAACUUGGAAGGACUUGCGCAUGUUGCUAAAAGUAACACUUUUCUGAAUACAAAGUAGUUUUGGGGAAAGGGUGGGGGGAAGUGACCUGUGGGGGUCAGUGAAGGGAAGUAAGUGAUAAGGAUCCUGGCACUGCUCCGUAAUUAAAAUACAUUUUUCAUUGCAGAUGUGAACAGCGCUUGGGAAGCUUUUGAUUUUAAGUUGUGGCCACUGUAAUUCUGAACUGGCAGCAUGAUUUUCAAAGGUCCCCGCCCAGAACAGGGUCUUACUAAUUUCUAUGACCAAGGGAUAAUGCCUCUCCUCCCCGCCUAAACUGAGGAAGCACCUUGUGCACUUUAAUCUCCUGUCAGUGCCAUCGGGCUGACUGAAGACAGGGUUUUGAAAUCUCAGCUAUAAAGCCAUCCAGCCAAAGUCUCAAUCUUGCCUUAACAAUGUUCCAGAGACUGAACAAAAUGUUUGUGGGUGAAGGCAAUACUUCCAACCAAGAACCAGAAUUUAGUGAGAAGGAAGAUGAUGAAUGGAUUCUUGUCGACUUCAUAGACACUUGCACUGGGUUGUCGGCAGCAGAAGACGAGGAUGAAGACGACAUUGAAGAGUCACCUACCGAACAUCCUUCAGUCUUUUCCUGUUUACCUGCAUCUCUCGAGUGCUUGGCUGAUACAAGUGAUUCCUGCUUCCUCCAGUUUGAGUCCUGUCCGAUGGAAGAGAGCUGGUUCAUCACCCCUCCGCCGUGUUUCACCGCAGGAGGAUUAACCACGCUCAAGGUGGAAACCAGCCCUCUGGAGAACCUGCUCAUCGAACACCCCAGCAUGUCUGUGUACGCCGUGCAUAACUCCUGCCCUGGUCUCCACGAGGCCAGCUGCGGGGCUGACGAACUUCACAACUCCAGCAGCCCCAGAGUGGAAGCUCAAAAUGAAGUGGGGCAGCACAUUCACUGCUAUGUUGCAGCUGUUGCUGCUCAUGCAGCUUUUCUGGAACAACCCAAGAGUUUUCGCCCCUCCCAGUGGAUAAAAGAACACAGUGAAAGACAGGCUCUGAACAGAAAUAGCCUUCGUCGCCAAAAUCUUACCAGGGAUUGCCACUCCCGGCAGGUCAAGCACAGUGGCUGGGCUGUCCACCAGCCCUGCCCACAAAGAGUGGAAGGGAAGGGAGAGCCACUCCUCCUUGCAUCUGCCCCGUUCCAGGGAGGGACACCGGGCAUCCAGCUGCUCACCUCGGAGUGGUCCCUGUCCCAUACGUCUCAUCCAUCAGCGCACCUUCAGCUCUGCCUUCAACAUACAGGCUGAAAGCAGCCACUUCUCAGCAGCCCCAGCCCCCCAUCCUGUCCAGGCUCCCUGGGUCGCACGGGUCUACUAACUGCUCUCCACACAGCCACAGGAUGAUCGAUCUUGAUCAUCGAUCGAUCGGUUAAAGCGCUCCCUCCCGGCCUCUCCUACUCUCUCCCGUUCACCACAUUCCAGCCAUAAUGACCUCCUUGUUCAUCAGAUACGCCAAGGCCCCCUGGACUGGCCCUUCCCUGCCUGGAAUGCUCUUCCUCCUGUGAACCUGAGUGGCCUGCCCCCUGCACAGCUCUCUGCUCAGAUGUCAGGGGAGGGGCGUCCCUGCACUCCAUCUAGGCCAGCACCUCCCAGCACACCCCCAAGCUGCUUUCCUGUGUCCUCUUCCUUCUUAUCACUAGCCUACAACACCUUUGUCUCCUGUGCCCCGCCCACUAGAACCAAGCUCUGAGGGGGCAGGAAUCUUUGUUUCACUGGGUGCUCUGGUGUGUGCACCCGAAAUGA